GGUUGCAUGCGCAUGAGAAGGCUCGGUCAUGGCCAUUCAGUCGUGUUUUUGCGUCUCCAGAAGUAUCGCAGCAUCUGGGACGUUAACAACAGGGGCUAUGCUGAGGACAUUCACGUGUCGGAUAUCCUUGUGUGGGCCAUGAUUGAAACGUGCGCGGACAUACGCCGUCAUGCUCCACAGUGGCUUGCAUGA